AUGAACUUCGGCGUCGGUCAGCAAACAGUUACUCUCGUGCUGCUCUCCUUCACAUGGAUAUGCUCCGUGCUAAGGAAACAUCCGCGAUCUAUUUACGCACACGAUGCAAAGUGGUGCAUGUUUGCAUAUUGGCUUGCGGCGGCAGCUCAGCAGGUGUCUUUCAUACGCCUGGACAACAACGAAGAGCUGUAUUUCGGUGCCACCCCCUGGUUUCAGUAUGGCAACGCUGUGCAAUGCGUUGCGCUUGGCUGGACUCUUUAUCUGUUGCGGAUGCGAAUUAUGGGAAUCCGGUCUAGCCUGGAACAGACGUGCUGCGCGACCACCGGUUCUCACAUAUGGAUCCUUGUCAUGUGCUGCAGCCUGUACAUUCGCUAUGCUUUUGCGACUGUGGACACAGUGCCUCUCAUUGUGGUCAGUGUGUCAGUGCUGUGUACCGUUUGGAUUACAUACACGGCCCUGACUUGCAAGAGAUUAGCGCUCAAGUUGAACAUGCUGCUGCAGGAAACCAGGCGAGUUCGAGGACCACCCAGGAAACAGGCUAUCUGGGCCGCACAGAUUAUCGGCAUGGAGAUACUUAUAUGCACAAUGCUGGGACUGACCAUGUGCUGCUAUGGCGUGGUCUCUGCCAUGUGGGUGCAUGCACUCUUGCUGUAUCACACUACGAAGUCCGAGGCCACUGUGCUGCUCAUCAUGAGCAGAGACAAGCUCGUUGUGUUGGUCAACCAUAUUGACUGGGUGGUAAAUUCGCUUGGACUUGGCCUUCUUUCCGGGAUUCUUUGGCAAGGUCGCCCUCCAGACGACUCUGCGGAGCUUCGGUACGCCCUCUCGCGAGGGCUGAGUUCCAUGACAAGCUUCCUGAGCCCCAUGGAGCAAGAUGUCUAUGACAACGUGGUGAAACAGCUGGCAAACCGGGGCUUUCGCCUCGGCGCGCUCCUGAACUUCUGGGAGCGACUUCUCGAUGGUCAGAUGAUGCCAGGCUUUGAUCCCCGACGCUCCUUGACGAACGAUGUGGUCCGACGGGCGAUCAUCCCGGAAUCGCGCGUUGGAGAUGCUGGCUGUGCGCUGGCAACUCUGUGGUCAAGCAGAGGGUCGACGGCACAAGUCAUGGUCACGCACAACUGGAACAACGUCUUCGGAAACCUAGUCUCGGCAAUCCUGGCAGAUGCUUUGGGGCGGUCUGCCCAUCAGGAGAUUGCCGUCCAGAUUUCCACGACAUCGGGCUUACAGCAAGUCCGGGCCAAGCUGUCCGGCAAGCUGGAGACGACCUACUGGGUGUGCGCUUUUUCCAUCAACCAGCACGCCAGUAUUUGUGCAGGGUUCGGGCCCGAGCCGCUCCAGUGGACGCCCGAAUGGGCUGCUUGGGACAGGAGACGGAAGGACUCAGUCACCGGUGAAGCAUUCCUGCCCUGCAGCUGUCGCGUGGAGAAGGUCUUCAGCAACACUGACGCCAGGUCGGAGCUCAACAAGUUCGAUGACAUGAUGACACACUUAGCGCUGGAUGUGGUGGGCUUCUCGCAGCUCAUUGUCCUUGAUGACGCCUUCGAAGUGCUUUUCCGCGCAUGGUGUGUUGCAGAGAUAUUUGAGGCCAGCGUGCUGGGCAUGGAAUCUCGCAUACAGGUUUCGUCGCAGGAUGUUGUGGAUCGGAACUAUGACAGACUCUCGCUCUUAGAUGUCCGGCAGUGCACGGCUUCGUCCCAAGCUGACAAGGAGAUGAUCAUGGCGAAGAUCUCCAAUGUGGAGGUCUUCAACUGGAAAAUCCAACAGCUCGUCUUCAGUGAAGAGCUUGGUUUGUUUGCACAGUGGGUUGACGGGAACGAGCGUUCUCGGCAAGUCGGCAGAAUUGUGCGGCGUUGUGCAAUGUCGGCGGAGAGUACGGCAGACAGGCCUGUCAGCACAUCCCGCGGAUGUUGCCCCUCGCUUUGCGUGCUCACCACUUCAAGUGGUGACUCGGACGAAUCAUCGGAAGGAGAACUGGCAACAGAGGCUUCGGAUUCGUUUUCCAGCAGCAGCUGA